AUGUGUUGCUUUAAACUUCCCAAGGGCCUUGUAAGGGAUCUGGAAAGCAUGAUUAGCAAAUUUUGGUGGGGAUAUAGUGGAGAGCAUCGGAAAACCCACUGGGUAAAAUGGGAACGAUUAUGUGAAGCCAAAGAAGUGGGUGGUCUGGGUUUUAGAGAGAUUGAAAAAUUUAAUGAUGCCUUAUUGGCUAGACAAGUCUGGAGAAUGAUCAAUAAUACUGAUUCUCUUUGUCAUCGUGUCUUUAAGGCACGGUUCUUCCCGGAUUGCUCCAUUUUAGAUGCAAAAGAAUCAAGUUCCGGUUCUUAUGCAUGGAAGAGCAUUAUUGGGGAGGCAGUGCGUAUUAAGGAGGAUAGGUGGCUGCCUGGACAUGUAAACGGUUCAGUUAUUUCUCCCCUUCCUUCUAUGGCCCCGGAUGUGAAAGUGAGUUCUUUGAUUGAUCCAGCUAGAGUAGCUUGGAGAACAGAGGUUGUGCAGCAACUAUUUCUACCCCAUGAAGCCGACAUGAUCUUGGGUAUUCCAUUGAGCUCUCGUCGCCCCGAUGAUCGCAUUAUUGGGGCACACACACCAUCUGGUAUGUUUACAUCUUGUAGUGCUUAUAAACUACUGGUUUCUUGUGAUAUCUCUACUAGUGUAGGUGGAUCAAAUCCGAAUAGAAGGAAUGCUGUUCAUUUUGGCCGCCCCCCAUUGCCCGUGGAUAGCAUAUGCAGCAAAGCAGGAAACUACUUGCAGGAAUUUUUGCAAGCUCAAUUAGAAGAGCCAAUUCCAAUUCGUCUUCCUCCCAGUCAGCAGUGGCGUCCUCCAGAUCAUCAUUGCUUAAAGAUAAAUUUCGAUGCCGCGGUGUUUCGUCGAUCAAGUAAGGCGAGCAUUGGUGUCGUUAUCCGCAACAAUGCAGGUGAAGUUGAAGGUGCUCUGUCCUCUUCCAUUCCCAUGGCCCAUUCGGUGGCUGAUCUUGAAGCCUUAGCAUGUUUGAAGGCUGUCCAGUUUGCUCUGGAACUGGGUAUUACUAGAGCAGUGUUUGAAGGCGAUUCAGCAGUUAUCAUUAAUGCCCUUCUACACAGUGUGGGUGCAUUUGCUACUUUUGGCAAUAUUUUGGAUGAUAUACGCAUGCUUUCUACGGUUUUUCAGUUUGUAGAAUUUAUUUUUGUUAAUCGAGGUUGUAACUCUGUAGCUGAUGCUUUGGCCAAAAAAGCUAAGCUUAUUAUUAGGGCACAGGUUUGGCUUCAUGAUGUGCCAGCAGACAUUGCCCCCUUAGUUAGUCUUGAAGUACAUUGA